AUGGCCGACAAAGCUGCUGCCAAGGCUGCCGCCCGCGCCAAGUUUGAGGGCGUCUUCGACACCAUCGCCGAUGAGCUCCUCGCCUACCUCAAGGGCGAGGGCAUGCCUGCCGACGCCAUCGAGUGGUACAAGAAGAACCUCUACCACAACGUUCCCGGCGGAAAGCUGAACCGUGGUCUUUCGGUCGUCGACACCCUCGAGAUCCUCAAGGGCUCGGCCCUCACCGACGACGAGUACUUCCAGGCCGCGCUCCUCGGCUGGUGCAUCGAGCUCGGCUUCUUCCUCGUCUCUGACGACCUCAUGGACGCCUCGAUCACCCGCCGUGGCCAGCCGUGUUGGUACCGCAUGCCCGGUAUCGGCAACAUUGCGAUCAACGACUCGUUCAUGCUCGAGGCCGCGAUCUACUACCUGCUGAAGAAGCACUUCCGCCAGCAGCCGUACUACGUCGACCUGCUCGAGCUCUUCCUCGAGACGACGUUCCAGACCGAGCUCGGCCAGCUGAUCGACCUGAUCACUGCGCCCGAGGACGACGUCGACCUGUCCAAGUUCUCGCUCGAGAAGCACCACCUCAUCGUCGUGUACAAGACGGCGUACUACUCCUUCUACCUCCCCGCCGCCCUCGCCAUGCGCGUCCACGGCAUCAAGGACGAGGCCGCGUACAAGGCUGCCCUCGACAUCCUCCUCCCCAUGGGCGAGUACUUCCAGGUCCAGGACGACUACCUCGACGCCUACGCCCCGCCCGAGGUCCUCGGCAAGAUCGGCACCGACAUUCUCGACAACAAGUGCUCGUGGAACGUCAACACGGCCCUCAAGCACGCUACCCCCGAGCAGCGCCAGAUCCUCGACAAGUACUACGGCAACAAGAAUGACAAGGAGGCCGAGGCCGAGGUCAAGAAGAUCUUCUCGUCCGACAAUGUCGACAUCCCCGGCCGCUUCGAGAAGUACGAGGCUGAGAGCUACGACAAGCUCAACAAGCUCAUCGACCAGAUCGACGAGGACAAGACCGGCCUCAAGAAGCAGGUCUUCACCUCCUUCCUCGAGAAGGUCUACAAGCGCCAGAAGUAA